ACCACGCCUCCAUCUCUCUCUCUGUUACUCACUGCGCAAUGAAGUCCUUUUUGUUCGUGGCGCUCAUCGUUCUUGCAGCUGUGCUGCAGAUAUCAAAUGGUUUCGUAGUGGCUCCAUCGUCAUCGCUCAAUGUGCGACGGCAGUCACACUCUGGUAUGCAGAUGCUCUUCGGCGGCGGAGGUGCCAAGAAAAAGGCUGCUGGAGGGAUCGUGGUGAAGGUGCAACAGAAGACAGGGUUCAAGGAAACGGAGCUCACGCUGGCGGGCAAGACGAACCUGAGGAAGGCUUUGAUGGACAACAAAAUUGACAUCUACCCGCUGCAGGGGAAGAUCUACAACUGUGGAGGUGGUGGCUCGUGUGGCACGUGCGCCGUAAACGUGAAAGCUGGCGCGCAAAAUUGCAGUCCGAAGGGACCCGGCGAGAAGAAACUUCUCGACAAGAACAAGCGUCCGGCUUCUUAUAGGCUUUCUUGUUGCACGAUGGUUUCGGGACCUGUAACAGUCCAGACUAAGCCGUAAGCCGUAAUAUUUUUUUUCACAAUUACGGUAUCACAGCAUCACAGUACCGUCUGAUACAUCAAGUGUACCGAAAGGUGUAGACUGGCGCUCAGAACCAAAGUCGUUUGGUGUCAUCGGGUAAAGAGGGGUGGGACGCGGAAGCAUCUUAGAUGACGCAUUUCGCGUCGCAAGUUUUGUUGUCCUAUUGAGAGGUCAAUGGGGUGUAGAACGUAUAACACUAGGGAGGUACAUUUUCUGAACAAAAACUUGGCAUCAACAUCCACGUUGCGCCAACAACUGCUCAAAGGAGUUUAUUACUCCUGUUGCUCAACCUGGUAUGGUGGGCUCGUGGGAGGUAGACUAUCAGGCAGGCAGGGUAAUUUAUUUUGUUUUGGCGUAUUUGCGUUAAACGUAGUUGCGUUAAACUCAUGGUUCCAUGUUGCGUUGCUUUUUUUUUCUUGCGGAACAUACCACUGGUGUUAACUCGUCCAGCGGUAGAUGAACAGGUGGUGUUUCGAAAACGCUUGGGAGUGCUGCUACUGCUGUCAACCAGAGCUUGUUCAACGCGUUUAAUCCCCCAGGAAGAGUAUACGAACC